AGGUGAAGGUGGGAAGAUCUCAAGGUAGGCCAACUUGGAGCCUACUCCUCAAUGUUCGAAAUCUCAAAUAGGGAUUUAUGAAUUGACUGAUUAGGAGUUUUCUCUCUCUCUCUCUCUUCUUCCAAGAACCACACAAGUUAACGGAUGUCCCCAAAAACGGAUGAUUGGAAUGAAAACUUCAGAAAGUCAGAAAAGGAUCAAAACUCUUCUUUUCGAAGGAAUUCCACGAUGUUGGCAUCCAGUCUUCACCUGCCCCUACUUCUGCUGUUAACCAUCACUUGCCUGACCGCAAACGCUGCAAAACCUGAUUGCACCCAUGUUGCAGACUUUGAUAACUGUGUAGGUGAUACGGUCGGUUUUUGCCCUAAAGGGAUUGCCUGCAGUUGUAAAGAUAAAGUUCCUUAUUGCCAGUGUCCCUCCUACCGAAACAAAUGGAAAGAUUAUUGGUACAUGGGGCCCAAAUGUGACUAUCCGUGGAGCACCCUGGACUUGAUUUUGAUGAUCGUGGUUCCUGCAGUCACAUUGUCUACAGUUGUCUUCACCUUAGUGCAGUGGGUUGCCUACUGUAGAAGCCAGCCGAAAAAGAGCAGAAGUCAAGAAAGGCAAGCAAGACUCCCAGCUCAGGUCAUCCCAAAUAAACCCCAAAGACAGUUGGACGCCCAGCCGAAACAAAUGUUGGCAUUUCCCAGGCCUUUGGUCCAAAACCAACAGGAGGAUAGAUUCAGCUACUCACCCCAGAGACCUCUUCCAAGGGCAGUGCCAUCUGCCCAAGCUGGCCGGAGUAACCACUGGGUGAAUGAGAUGCCAAGUGCAGAUUAUGAUCAAGAAUUUGAAGAUCUGCCUAUGAGGCAGCUUCCGAGACCUAAGGCAUCGGUUUCUCUUCCUGAUUAUGGGGAGAACAGUUCCCAGCCAAUGAACCAUCUCAUUGCUAAUACACCCUCUAGAUUUGUUCAUCCACAGUAUGCAUAUAACUAAAAGAAACUUCAGAAAACUGAAGUGUCUUAUGGUAUAAUAAAACUAUAAGAUAAA